AUGCCUACUAAACGCACCAAGGCAUCCUCUUCAGGGUUGGGAAAGGCCAUUAUCAAUCGUCGAGCAAAGGAAGCACAUACCAAGCCUGACACUACCCAACUGUACACACUCGACGAAUCAAAUCCAUUACAGUCGAUCACUCAAGAACGAGACUUAGACGAGUUCUUAGCCAAUGCAGCAUUGGCCGAUGCGGAUUUUACGACAGAACGUUCAAAAUUACGAAUAGUCAGUACUCCAGGUCAAACAGCUAAAAACCCCUUUCUUCUCAGUAAGGAAGAAGAACAUGAAGUGGAACGUAAGAAAUCUGAUCUCCGACAUGAUCUCCGUGUGCCUAGGCGACCUCCAUGGACGAGAAGAACGACCAGACAAGAGCUAGAGAGACAAGAACGGGACUCCUUUCUCGAUUGGCGACGUGAUCUAGCACACUUGGCAGAAGGUAGUAAUUUGCUUUUGACACCUUUUGAGAGAAAUCUUCAAUUAUGGAGACAACUCUGGCGUGUAUUGGAACGUUCUCACCUCAUCGUCCAAAUUGUAGACGCUCGAAAUCCUCUGGGGUUCAGAUGUGUUGAUUUGGAGAGUUACGUGAAGGAAAUAGGUGAUGAUGGUGAAGACGCUGCUGUGCCUGGAAAAGGAAAAAGAACCAGUUUGUUAUUGGUCAACAAAGCUGAUUUGCUUACUUUGGAUCAGAGAGAGGCUUGGGCGACUUAUUUUGAGAAGGAAGGAAUAAGAUACGCCUUCUUCUCUGCUUCCAAUGCUGCUGCCGCACAAGAACAAGCCGAUAAAAUACGGGCUAGAGAGGAGAUGGAUGAAUCGACCGAGGGUGAGAUUGAGGAGGAAGAUGAGGAGGAGGGAGAAGGCGAGGAAUGGCAAGAUACUUCGAAAUUUGAAGAAGGGUCGGACGUAGAGGCUGACACAGAGUUGCCUUCGGCUAUGGAGAACGCUUCCUUGGACGAAGAAGAGGAGGAGGAGGAGGACUGGGCGACAGAGGAUGAAGAUGAUCUUGAAGAUGACAAUCCUGUCGAGAAGAGGUUGUCAAAUGGCGAACAUGUACCUCUGGCUGAGGUAGCCAAGGAAGUCAAGGCCAAGGCUGAAGAGGUGGAGACUUCACGAACCAGAGUUCUAUCCGUGACGGAAUUAGAGGAUCUCUUCCAAAGUGCUGCACCACCACUUUCCGACUUUGCCACAUCCCGCGAUCCCACUCCCCAGACUUUGAUGGUGGGUUUAGUAGGAUACCCCAACGUGGGAAAAUCAUCCACUAUCAACGCUUUACUAGGAGCGAAAAAAGUUUCCGUCUCUUCCACUCCGGGCAAAACUAAACAUUUCCAAACUCUUCUCCUCACAUCUCAUAUUACACUGUGUGACUGUCCAGGUCUCGUGUUCCCUCAAUUCGCAAAUACUCAAGCGGACAUGAUCGUCGAUGGGAUAUUACCUAUCGAUCAGAUGAGGGAAUAUUCCGCUCCCACGGAUUUGGUCUGUCGUCGGAUCCCUCAGGAGAUUCUGGAAGGGACUUAUGGAAUAAGGAUUGAUGUGAAGGGUGUUGAUGAGGGUGGCAGUGGACAUGUGGGAUGGGAAGAACUUUUGUCAACUUAUGCUAUUGCAAGAGGUAUGACUCGAGCUUCUUUCGGUAUGCCCGAUACUUCUCGUGCUGCCCGUGUUAUCCUCAAAGAUUAUGUCAACGCCAAAGUUCUUUACGCUCAUCCUCCUCCCGGUAUAGAGUCAGAUGACUUUAUGCGUAUAUCUCGUCAACAGACUUUGACCAAUUUAAACAAAGGAUUUGAAGAAGGUCGUAAACGUGCUCCUGUGACUCAUGUCUCCAAAAACGCAGAUACUUUCAUCCCCUCUUCUUCUUCCCUCUCUCUCGACACAAUUCCCACACUUACCGUCGGAACCUCAAAUGAUGGCGUAGGAUCAUCUCAAAGACAAUAUACUUCCCAACAAAUCCGAGCUAAUGCAGCUUCCGCACCUAUGCGUCCUGGAAGAGAGAAAGCUCAAGCGUUGGACGGUGUAUUCUUCAAUGAAGCAGGUCCAUCACCAAGAGCUGUGAUGGUAGGUCAUCAGCAAGAAAAAGGUGGGCAGGGUUAUGUUAGAAAUACUAUGUAUCCACAUCAACGAAUGUUAGGACCGGAUGGAAUGCCUUUGGUUCAAUCGGGAUCAAGUGGGAUGAGUGGGGGUAAGAUGGAUAAGAAACAUUUUAAAGGAAGAGAAGGGAAAAAGAGGUCUGGAAGGGGAUAUGAUUGA